AAUAACAAGAUCCAGGCUUUUUCCGUGUCAGCUGCAUACACGCACACAAACACAGCGCGCGACUAAACCCGAGUUUAAAUAAUAACAAAUCGGUUAGAAUUCUUACCAAGUCAUUAAUUUGCUGAAGCGUUUUGUAACGUAUCUUUAAAACACUUUCAGUUCGACCAGCCGACAUUUUGGUCGCUGUCUUUUUGGUGACAGUCGAAAAACAAAAACUGAGGCUUCUGGCAAGACUGGAAGGAGAGAAAAGUUGCUUUUUUUGAAGUGUCUACUGCGGUGUUUAUGAAGUUAAAUAAAUUACCGUUAAACAAUCUGAAAUAAUUUGCUAUUUGUUGUCAUGUCGUUAGCUUGCUAGCUAGAGCUACUGUUUACUCACAGCGCGCGCGAGGAUUUACAUGAACUCCAAGUCUGUGUUGACAAACUGCGUCUCAACUUAGUUCGGCACGUCUCCAGAUAAAUUUUAAAAAUUAGCUAAAUUACCGAGCUCGGAUCAAAAGGUGAAGUUCUUUAUAAAAAAGGGAGAAAUAAGACGUGGUGUAAGAUAGCUAGCCGCCUGGAUUCGUCCCAGUUUGGCUCAUGUCUGACCAGAGUUCAGAUGAAGAUGUGGAUCCUGAAUCGGAGCAAGCGGAGGAGCUCGCGGGAACCCUCAGCAAGUGGACCAACUAUAUCCAUGGGUGGCAGGACCGCUGGGUUGUACUGAAGAACAACACACUAAGCUACUAUAAGUCAGAGAAUGAGCAAGAGUAUGGCUGCAGAGGAUCGCUCUGUCUCAGCAAGGCUGUCAUCAAGCCGCAUGAAUUUGACAAAUGCCGCUUUGACAUCAGUAUAAAUGACAACAUUUGGUACCUGCGGGCUGAAGAUCCUGAGCUCCGGCACCAGUGGAUUGAUACCCUUGAACUUCACAAGGCUGAGUCAGGCUACGGUUCAGAGAACAGUCUGCGGCACCAUGGAUCCAUGCUGUCCAUCACUUCUGCCACCAGCGGCCUUUCAACCACCUCCACAUCUUCCUUUAAGAAAGGCAACAGUCUCAGAGAGAAGCUGGCAGAGAUGGAGACAUUCCGGGACAUUCUGUGCAGACAAGUGGACACACUGCAGUGCUAUUUUGACAACUGUGCAAGUGGCGAUUACAGAGAUGAGUUCUUUAGGGACAAAGUAAUUGAGGAUGAUGAAGAAGACGAUUUUUCCACCUUACGGCCAGAUGGAGACUACCUCCUCAACAGCAAUAGCAGCAAAGAGAAGUUAUUCUCUUCGGCCAGCUCCAGAGGGCCCAUUGGCAUUGAUUUCAAAGGUGAAGCCAUCACUUUUAAAGCCACCACAGAAGGCAUUCUCUCUACAAUGUCCCACUGCAUUGAGAUCAUGGUCAAACGUGAGGAGAACUGGCAGAAACGACUGGAUAAAGAAAUGGAACAGAGGAGGAGAGUAGAAGAAUCCUAUAAGUCAGCCAUGACAGAACUGAAGAAGAAAUCUCACUACGGAGGACCAGGCUAUGAAGAGGGGCCAAACAGUCUCAUCAAUGAAGAUGAAUUCUUUGAUGCUGUUGAAGCAGCUCUGGAUAAGCAAGACAAGAUUGAGGAGCAGAAUGAGAAGUGCAGGACUGCUCGGCCAGUUACACUCAGCUCCUCUCUUAAUGCUCACAAAUACACCAACAAGCCUCUUAGUCAUGCUUCCUCAGUGUCCUCUCUCGACUUAGUCAGUGCUUCCGAUGAUGUGCACAGACUCAGUGCUCAGGUGGAAGAAAUAAUACAAAGUCACCUGACCCACUCCUUACAAGAUGUAGGUGGAGAUGCUAACUGGCAACUUGUUACUGAGGAGGGUGAGCUGAAAGUGUACAGGAGAGAGGUGGAGGAGAAUGGUGUCGUGUUGGACCCUCUCAAAGCCACACAUGCUGUUAAAGGGGUUACAGGUCACGAGGUCUGUCAUUACUUCUGGGACACGGCCUUCCGGACCGACUGGGAAACAACCGUCGAAAACUUCAGUGUGGUAGAGACAUUAUCAGACAAGGCAGUAAUUAUUUACCAGACUCAUAAGAGGGUGUGGCCUGCUUCGCAAAGGGACAUACUUUAUCUGUCAGUUAUCCGCAAAAUCCUCUCUAGCAAUGACAAUGAACCAGAUACGUGGAUCGUGUGCAAUUUCUCUGUAGAUCACGACAGAUAUCCACCCACAAGCAGGUGUAUACGUGCCAAAAUCAAUGUGGCUAUGAUCUGCCAGACGCUAGUCAGUCCACCAGAGGGCAACAAAGACAUCAGCAGAGACAAUAUCUUCUGUAAAAUAACUUAUGUAGCCAAUGUGAAUCCAGGCGGAUGGGCACCAGCAUCAGUCUUGCGCGCCGUGGCCAAACGAGAAUAUCCUAAAUUCUUAAAGCGCUUCACAUUGUAUGUUCAGGAUAAGACCAGCGACAAAGCAAUCCUCUUUUAAAACAGGUUCCCAGCCUCCCUUAAACAUACCCGUAAGAGGCCUUAUCCAUCCCUUCAUACUCUAAAUCUCAAUCUUGGCAAGAGCUUCAGAGAACUACAUUACCCAGAAGUCUUUUAGCCACCAGUCGUAUGAAAUACAGUGUUGUGGAUCAGGAAUAUUGAUGUUCUUAUACGGGGUUCCAGAAGAUCGCAAGGUAUUCAUUUUACACAAUGAUUACAUACACAGUACAGUCCUUGUUCAUGUUUAGGGCAUGGUUACUAGUUGUUUUUGUCUGUUUUGGCUUUUAUAAGAGUUAAAGUGUUUACUUAUGGCUUUGUAAAUCUUUGUAUUCAUAUUACUUGCACAUUGUUUGACUAAUUUCUUUAUUAAAAUUAAAACACUAUAAACUUGAAUACCUUUAAUGGAAAGCUUUCUGAGUUCUAACAGGUUUUUGUAGGCCUUAUGUAGUUUUUCUUUAUGGGGUAUAAUUUCCCUGAUUUGAUCGAUAGAGAAUGUGAAGAGCUUUAAAUACAAACUUUUCUUUUAGUGCCCUGUGUCUUGAUUUUAUGUAUAUUUUCGGGUAUAUGUAUGUGGUAGAGAUUAAAACAUGCAAGAUGCAUAGGUUGAAGAACUGGAUAGCACUACGAUUAAUUGGGUUGUCAGAUACUGGCACUGUUUAAAAAAAAUAAAAAAUUGGGGGAAGAUUAAUAUCCACUUUUGUAAAUGUUUUAUAAAACAUUUAACCAAAUAAUGCAGAACUACCUUCCUUUGAGCAUUCACUUUGGAUAUGCCCUUAUGUUAUACACAAGGCAUAAGUAUAUUUACCAGAUAUUUACUUGUAGUGGAGGAAUGUCAUUUCAUGAUUUUAUUGGACCUGAAUAAAAUGUAUCAUAUUUAUCUGUAUCCUUAUUUGACAGGAUAACUUGAAGCAUAUAAAAGAAGUGUUUUUUGUUGUUAUUGUUUUUUUGUUGUUGUUGUAGCCUGUGCUCAAAGUGUGAAUUUUAGGUUCACCUUAUUAUAAGGCUUAAUUUUGUUAACCACACAGAAAUCUGUGUUAAUGUUAAUAUUUGCACUAAUUUUAAGAGCGUUGCUUUACAAUCAGUUUACACGUGUUGCCAAAUGAGAAUCGUAUGUAUGAAUGAUUUAUAGAGGGUGGUAUGUAUGAAAAAUUCUACAGAUUAUAAUGCCUGAUAAUAUGUAACACUGAGCUUUCAAGAAUGCAUUUUUGUUUUUUGUUUUGUUUUGUUUUGUUUUGUUUUUUGGAGAAAUUUAUGUGUGAAUAUGCAGUAAGCAAAUAUAUCAUUCAUAUGUUUAUAGCACUAUGGAAUGAUUAAGGCAUAUGAGGAUGUGAAUAAACAGUUUCCAGCUUUA